CGCUCCCAGCACUUGCAACAUCCUUCAGUGCAACACCUCAACAUGCGUGCCUACGUCGUUAAUGAGUAUGCGCACCCAUCUAAGCUGCCUCUUAGCUUGGACACACCUACGCCAGCUCCCAAAGUCGAUGAAGUCAUUGUCGAUGUAUAUUCUGCUGGCUUAAACUACUUCGACAUUCUUCAGGCUCAGGGCAAAUAUCAAACCCAACCGCCAUUUCCCUGGGUUCUCGGCGCAGAGUUUGCUGGGAAGAUCGCCGAGGACUCUCCUAUACCGAAGGGCUGCCCUUUCAAACGGGGCGAUCGUGUCUUUGGCAGCGCGCAAGGCUGCUAUGCCGACAAAGUUGCAGCGAAGGCAAAUUCAUUGCUUCCUUUGCCCGACAAUGUAAGUUUUGACCAGGGCGCUGGCUUGUACAUCACUUGGGCUACUAGCUACGAGGCGCUUGUUGGGAGAGCAAAUUUGAAAGCUGGUGAAUGGAUAUUAGUGCACGCAGCCGCCGGAGGAGUUGGUAUUGCAGCCGUCCAGCUGGCAAAAGCUGUUGGGGCCAAGGUUAUUGCUGCAGCUGGAUCCUCAGAGAAACUCGAUGUUUGCAGAAGGUAUGGGGGCGCGGACCACGCUAUCAACUACAACAACAAGGAUUGGCCAAAGGAAGUCAUGAAGCUCACUGGCGGAAAAGGGGUGGAUGUUGUAUAUGACCCUGUUGGGCAUGUGAGAGAUUCGUUGAAAUGCAUCGCAUUCAAGGGCAGGUUCCUCAUCAUCGGAUUUGCGGGAGGUUCUAUUCCAGAGCUUAAGCUGAAUUUGGUUCUCUUGAAGAAUGUGUCACUCAUUGGGUUGCUCUGGGGUAAUUACAGCAAGUUGGAACCUACUCGCGUCGUCACCGUAUGGAAAGAGCUCUUAGCGCUCCUUGCGUCGAACAAAGUAAAACCCGUAAUGUACUCCAAGAUAUACCCUUUGGAAGAAAUGGGUCAGGGUCUUAUUGCUUUAGAACAACGCAAAACAUGGGGGAAAGUGAUUGUUCACGUCAAGGAUGAGAACAAGAGGAUUGCGGCUAAGCUUUGAGUCGGCUGGGGCAUGGUUUCAGCAGCCUUUUUCUCCUACGAGAGAAUAACCGAUGUAACACUACAAUACUCAUUCUUUUGCAAUACACACAAAGUAAGA